AUGGCUACAGAAAAAGUUCAAGCUACGAUAAGUGUUAAAUCAGAAAAUUUCCAUCAAACAUUCGAAGAAUCUAUAUUUGAUUCAUCUACAACAAAUCAAUUAUCUUCUUAUGAAGAAUUAAUUGCGGCUAAUGAGCGUUUGAAAGUAAAUAUUUCAAAGAUAUUUACUGAAUUUGUUAAUAAAGCUCGUCUUGAACAAGAAGCUAAUGGUGAUAAGAAAAAACGUAAAAUAAAACAUGAUGAUGACGAGAAAGAUGAUGAUGAUGAAGAAGGAGAAGAAGAAGAUGGCGAUGCUGCCGAAUCAUCGGAUAAUAAUGAAGAUGAACAAUAA